UUAAGCUCUGUAGACGGCACUCUGAGUCCUUCUUGACACACCGCUAAAGACUUCCUUGUCAUACUGAUCUUUAGAUAUGAAUCGAAAGUUGUACACGGCCCUGGUUGGUAAAGCUGUUAGAGACCCAAUAGUGCGUUCUGGCAUGAAAUUGGCCAGCAGGGUGAAUUUAUUCCAGGCGUUGAGGGAGAAACCCAUGACCGUGCGCACACUUGCUUCUGAACUAAACAUGAAAGAGAGGUAUAUAUGGGAGCUCAGCCAGGCCAUGAUGGCGUCCGGCGUGAUCACCAUGGAUGCAGAGGAGCAAUUAGCCAUACCACCAGAUUGUGCUGACAUAUUGUUAGCUGAGACAGAAAAAGCUGCUUGGAAUCCCCAUCUUUUUAAGACCUUACCCAUCCUUGAUAGCUGUUUUCCGUUGGAUGGAAAACCAGGUUACACACUUGAUGAGGCACCGUUUGUGUUGGAUUUGCUAAAUGAAGUUCGAUCUCCAUACAGAGCAAGUUUGGUUAAAGAACUCGUGUCCAACAUUAACCUCUAUUACACGGGAGGUAACCUGAAAAAUGUGCUGGAUGUUGGAUGUGGUUCAGGAGAUAUCACUAUUUCCCUGGCAGAGCAAAUGAAAGGUGUCAAUGUUGUCGGGUGUGACACAUCGGAAAAGGCUAUCGUCACUGCAUCAAAAUCUUCUACAAAGGUCAAAAACGUGUCAUUUACUCAUGUAGAUGGUGGAGCCUACCAAAAGGAUUGGAUAAAAAAAUUUGACGUCAUCCUGAUGUUCGAUGUCCUUCAUGAUCUUCCACAUCCCGAAGAAACCAUGACAGAAAUUAUAAAAGUGCUGAAGGAUGACGGUAUUAUGAUUAUCAUUGACCCAGACGUCAGCAACAACCCUCAAAAUAACAUAGGGAACCUUCACGCCGCCAACGCUCUCACCUUCAGCUCGUUCUACUGCGUUCCUAGCAGCUGCUGUCAUGCUCACAGUUCCGCUCUAGGUAUCAGCUGGGGAAGAGAAGGAAAAGAGUAUUUACUCAACAGUUUAGGGUUGGUCGUAAGAAACAGGGUAUCGCUUAUCAAAAGUAUGUUCUUUCACGCGUUUGUCUGUGUCAAAUCCUCGUCGGCAACAGAAAAGAAACUGUAGCAAUCUUCAGAAUAUAGCAAUGGCAUGUCCACUGACGCGUAAUGUCUUGAUUCGGUACCAGGUGAUAAGCUGAUUCGUUAUUUUCUUGUUUUAACGCCAGUAGGUACAUGGUGUACACUUGUGUACUUAUACGAAAUAGCAAGUGAAUAACUCGCAAAACAAUGUCACGAACAUACCAAAACGUAUGAUAAACCACGUAUCUUAUAUGUCAAUACAUACGUAGUUUCCUAACAUGAAUGUAGGUUUUAGAUUUUAUUCUGUAUAGUGUGCAUUUCUAUUCUUUUGUAGUCCAUUGUACUGAACCUAACCUUGCUGAAAUAACAUAACGGAAUUUGUUAGACAUUUUUCUUUGUGGAUAAACCUGUUUAAUUUACUCGAAGAUAUGAACGGGUUUAUCAUGAAUUUACGUGUAUAUAUUAUAUAUUACAAUGUAUAUACCAUUUGGAGUCCGUAAAACGUUUGACUCACAUGACUUUGCGAUGCUUGUAUUUCUGUACCAGGAGCAUAGCAUUAGGUAGCUUUGUAUAGAUUACACAACUUCACGCCUGACUAAUAUACACAGCUUACAUACAUACACAUGUAUGCCAUUUAAAAACAAGAAAGAAAAUACUGACAUGCUGAUCGAAUCUGAAUUCAUUAUGUAAUAUGUUGAUGCACUUCUGAAGCGAUUUUCAAAGCAUAGAGUCAUCUAGAUUAUAUUUUUGCGUGUUACAUGAUUGAUUUUAGGUUAAACAUUACAUGUUUCAAAAACAUUUCAUUUACAAAAAUGUCAAUCUAAAUUGAUAAUUAAAAAUACAAAUUUUUUAAAAGAGCAAAGCAUUUCCGAACUUGUGUUUUGGCCUAAACCAAGCACUCAAUACACAUGAGCUAUUUUCUGUUAGAGUUACCUCCCCUAUACGUGUCGUUGUGCGACAGGUUUCCAUAUUUUAUUCAAUUUCGAAGAAAUACGACUAUGUUGAGCAUUACAUGAUUCUUGUUAGUUUUAAUUGAAAUAAUUAAUUACGUUUGCACGGAGUACACUUUUCAAGAUGUAUGCUGAUACGGAUUUGAAUGUUUUGGCCAUGCAAAUAUCUUGUCACGGGAGGAGCAAUUUACAAUGUACCCUUUUCACUCUCGCGAGAAUAGGACAUGAUAUACAGUUCUGUAUCAUGUUCUUUUGCUUACUGCCUUUCCUUGCUACAACAUCGAGUAACUGAAGAUUAAAUCUUAAAUUACAGAGAAUCAAGCUACGUUUAUAUAACUCAAUACUAUAUUUCGCUGCGGUUUCACUACUUGCUUCGAAAUAAUUUCUCCAUGGAAUACUGCUUCUGGUUUUUGUAGUAUCAUAAAAUUAAUAGCAACACAUAUGGAAAGGGAGGUCAUUAUGUCAAGUCUGAUUAAUUGAACUGUGUUAUUAAACUUUUUUAUAAUUUGAGAAAUGUCA